AGCAUCCAGUCGAUUCAAGUCUCACCUUCACCAUGUCCGCUUCAAACAUGUUCAAGUACGUCUGUUUGUCCCUGGCCCUUUACCUGGCCCUCAACGCAAACAGCAUCCAGGGAGCGCCCAAUGGAGCACCUAGACUCGCUUGCGGAGACAUGGUUCCCCAACACGGCGUCGACCCCCAAACCAGCGCGUCUCCCUUCGUUACAACACCUGCAUCGACGUCCAUUGCCCAGGGCUCUAGCGUAACGCUUACAUUAGCUCCGAUCAGCGCUCCUGACACGUUCAAAGGUUACCUCGUGAUUGGUUUCGACAACGCCAACCAGGCCGCAGGACCCAUCGGCACCUUCUCCGCCAUCAGCGAUGGCCAAACGCUCGACUGUCCAGGAGUCAAUGCCAUGAAUGCUGCCACUCACGUUAACAAUGCCACCAAGACGUCCGUCACUCUUGAUUGGACUGCUCCCGCUGGAUUCGUCGGAACUGUUCUUUUCAAGACUAGCUAUGUACAAAACGUUGCCACUUUCUGGGUCGCCACUCCAGCCUCCCUGGUCACCGUCGCUUAAUUUUGAGAUACAAUUGAUCGGUUAAUUUUGAUUGUUGGCGCAUGUCUUAGGGAUGCAAUAAAUCAACCAGUUUACCAAUUCAAAAA